GGUGGGGUUUUUUCCUCAGUACUUAGAUGAAGCCAACAAUCUAAAGAUCUAUGGUGGAUUGUAGCUCUGCUGGAGAGGACACACGGCGGUGCGACGAGAUCGAUCGACGGGAAUUUGAUUGUUAAUCCUGAUGGUUGAAGAAACCAGCGGAACUCGGAACAAGGGAAAACCACCAAGGCCGUUGGUUACCUGGAUUGCUAUUAGUGAUUCGUUGGUGGGCGUUAAUGCGUUAUCGCAGUGGUGAAAGCAGCUUGGUUAAUGUUGGCUGAUGGAUUGUGCCUCUGAGGGAAGCUUCUGCUGUAAAGUGUAAUCGAUUGAUAUUUCCUUCUCUUUCAUUGUCAACGAGUUUGUUUUGGCAAAUACAUCUACUAUUUCUCCCAUUUUUAUUUCAACCAUCUAAGAAGAGAAAAUGUAGUGACCCGAUGAUUCAGUAUAUCGGAAAUUUCACCAGUUCACUUAGUGUUAUGUAAGCAUGUUAUUCGUCACCUAAUUGAGGACAUGUAAACUCAUCGGAGUUUUGUAUUAUUUCGUAUUAUGUUAAACCUUGACAUAAUGUUAACCCUUGGAGUGUAAUGCUUCUCAAUGCUGCUACUACUAGGU